CCGUCAGUCUCUAAAUUCUCACUUCUAACCUAUACACUUUACACACAGUGAGUCUUCAUCUCCUCUGAUCGGUCUAGGUUUUUCGAUGCAUCUGAAGCAAGACUUUAAAAUAAUCAGUCGAACCAACUAAGCUAGCCUGUGGGGACUGGGGAAAUCAUAUGCUUUAUACAUACUCCAAUGCAGGAUCCUCAUACGUGCUUAUACCCUCCAGUUUCUGUACUAAAACACAUUUAUGCUUCCAUCUGAACCCCAGACAAGUAUCUGAAGCUGUGUACUGGUUCUUUUAAUUUUCUCCUGAAUUGACCAUUUCUUGAUAAAAAGAAUAGCUGUAUCUAUUUCAAGAAGAAGAAGAAGAGGAGGAGAAGUUAUCAUGCCUUUUGGUCUGGUUGCAGCUUGGAACAAGCGCAGGAGGAGCAAGUCUGAUGAUCAGAGUAAUCCCUGGGUUUAUAAACCUGCAGAAUGUUGGCUAAAUGAAGAGCAGAACCCACCAGCAAAACGGCGCCAAGGAUCAUCAGUUUUCACUCUCAAAGAAAUGGAGGAGGCCACGAAUUCGUUCCGGGACGAAAACCUGGUGGGGAAAGGAGGAUUUGGUCGCGUAUACAAGGGGACGCUCCGGUCUGGAGAGGUUGUGGCAGUGAAGAAGAUGGACUUACCAUUGUCCAAAGAAGCAGAAGGGGAGAGAGAAUUUAGGGUGGAGGUAGAUAUCUUGAGCAGACUGGACCAUCCCAAUCUGGUGUCUUUAAUAGGCUACUGUGCAGAUGGGAAGCAAAGGUUUCUGGUUUAUGAAUAUAUGCACAAAGGGAACCUCCAAGAUCACUUAAAUGGAAUUGGAGAGGUGAAGAUGGAGUGGCCCUUGAGGCUAAAGGUGGCUCUUGGGGCAGCAAGAGGACUUGCAUAUCUCCAUUCAAGUUCUGCUGUUGGGAUUCCUAUAGUUCACAGGGACUUCAAAUCUACCAACAUUCUUUUGAGCACCAAAUAUGAAGCUAAGAUAUCAGAUUUUGGGCUUGCAAAGUUGAUGCCAGAAGGCCAGGAAACUUGUGUUACUGCCAGAGUGCUUGGUACUUUUGGCUAUUUUGAUCCCGAGUAUACAUUGACAGGAAAACUCACUUUACAGAGUGAUGUAUAUGCAUUUGGGGUUGUCAUGCUUGAGCUUCUGACUGGGCGCAGGGCAGUUGACCUCAAUCUUGGGCCAAAUGAUCAAAAUCUGGUGUUACAGGUGAGGCACAUUUUGAAUGACAAGAGGAAACUGAGGAAAGUGAUAGACCCAGAGAUGAGCAGAAGCUCAUACACAAUGGAGUCCAUCACCAUGUUUGCAAACCUAGCAUCUCGAUGCGUCCGGACCGAUAGUAGUGAGAGACCAUCAAUGGAGGAAUGUGUGAAAGAACUUCAACUGAUUCUCUACACAAACACAAGAGGGCUGGGAAUGACUAUGCAUGCAUUCAGAAUGAUCUGAGAGUAACAUCAAUGUUGAAAUGGAUGUUUCCAAUAGCAGGGAUUCCCAGGUCAGAAAUUUUAUAAUACUGGACUCUGGAGUAGCAACCAUGCAAGAAUAAUACUGUAAAGUCCUUCAUAUCAACAGGAAGAAGAUGAGUUUCUUGAUAAUUUAAUGGUUCCCAAAAUGUCUAGAUCAAUAGUGGUGAUAAUUCUCAUGAACUUAUUAUUGCUUUCCACUCUUCAAGGCCAUUAUUGCAAUUGAAAUAUACCAUUGGAGAUA